GUGCGCGUUCGCGAGGCUGGCUGCCUGGCAACUCACGCCCGCCACACACAGUCGCAGUGGGGCCGAAAAAACUCGGAAUCGAAUUUCCUCCGAUGGCGGCGGAUAUUACAGGGAAGCGAACGACGAUUGUUUCGUUUGCGUUUGGUUGUGCAAAAUAAACUACAAUAGUGCACUGGAUUGGACUGGACUGGGCUGUGUGUAAUCAAGUGAAAGAUUGGUGCGAUACUCGGUGCUGGAGUAAAACUGUUGCAAAAUUCAACAAACGAAGUAUGUGCAAUUGCAGUGACUGCAGCAGCAGUAGCUUUUCCGCGAGCGAGCAGCCAGACAGUGCGAGAGAGCGAAAGAACCGAUUAGAUGAGAAAGCGGCACGGAAUGCUACGAUUUAACCUGAUUGCUUUACGCUGAAUGAAGUGUCAAUGGGUAAAAACAACAACAGUAGCACUGGCAGCAGUAGCAGCAGCAGCACCAGCAAACAGCAUCCAGCAUCAAAGCACUCACGCACACAGGCACAGAGCGGAGCAAUCGCGGCGGGCUUCCUCCACACUAACCAACGUUAACAACAUUAACGCACGGUGCUUUCGUUGUCCUUUGCGUGUCGUUUCGUAGACGCGCGCGCUCUCGUACAGCCUGUGCGUUCCAUCGUCCUGGAGAAGGAACGCUGCAUUGCGAAAGGAAAUCCACAUUUCCUUUUCACCACGGAAAACCGUAGAUAAUUCGUGUUGAUGGCGAGUGUUAGUUAAUUGCAGCUUUAUUGUAUCGAAAUAUCAGUGCUUUCGUUCGGAUUUCAGUGCGCCAGAAGUCGUUUUCAUUUAUGUGUGUGUGUGUCCUUUCGUGCCCCGUCAAAGUGCAUUCGUGGUGGAUGGUGGUGUGCUUGUCCGUUUUUGUGGUUGAGAUUUAUGAUUCAAUCCGGAGGAAAUAGGCCCAUUUCGAUGCUUCACACAGUGUUAGACUCACGUUCAGUGAGAUUUCCCGGCGAAAGAUGGCGUGAAAAUGGCCAUUUUGCUCAACAUUAAGUGUGCCAUUAGUGUGUGCGUAUGAUUUUCAUCCCGAGGGCCAGUGUUUUUGUGCAGGUGUGAGUGUGUGAGUGUGUGGGGGGCUGCGUGUUGCUUUCCAUGUGAUAUUGUUGUUAUUGUUGUGCACAACGCACCCACAACAGGAAGCUGUAACGGAAGUGCAGGAAAUUGGGCAUAAACUGACAAAAACACGGAUAAUGUAUAUGGCGAGGUUCGUGGAGAAUCGAUUAGGGGUCGUCAAUUUGCGAUUGCCGUUCUGGAUUAUGUAAAAGACGACGUGAGACCAAGCACAGUGCCGUUCAACUUGUCCACCUUCGUCGACCCGUGAUGGCCAGAGGAUGUGCUGCUGCUCAACACGACCACUGGACUGUACCAGCAAUCGGUGACGCUAACCGCACGAAUGUAUCCGAUUGAGGCCACGGCGGCAAAGUCGAUCUGGGGCCUACCGACGCUGAUCUGGGGUAUAUUGAUCGGAACGGUCGUGAUACUGAUACUGAUCCUAGCGACACUGUUCUUCUGCUGCUGGGUGCAGCCACGUACGCGUAAACUGCUCAACUCGAGCUACUACACAACCACCGCCAACAACGGACACGCUUCGCAAAGCUCGAUUGUAGCUAAAUCGUGCGCUAGCAGCGACUCGAACCAACUAGUGAUGCCCCUCUCGAUCGGCAUCUGUCCACCACAGUACAGUGCCCCUCCACCGCCCUCCAGCAGCACCACCACCAACACCCCGCAGCACACCGCAGCCAGUGGUAGCAACAGCUCGCUACAUCAUGCUUCCCAUCCUGCCGGCGGAUGUGCACAUCAUACCUGUAGCGCCGUCAACACCGCCACGAACCAGCAGUGCACCAUGGCAUCCGGUGGGCAGGACUAUAGCCAUGUAAAGUACGGCAGCUCGCCGCAACAGUACGCCGCCCAGCAGUACCAACAUCAUCACCAUCACACACAGCAACAGCAGCAGCAGCACCAUCAACAUCAAUGCAUACAUUACCAGCAGCAACAGCAACAAUACAAUCAGCAGCAGCAGCAGCAGCAGCAUCACCAUCAUCAACAGCAGCAACAGCACGUGCAAUUACACACCCAUCAUGUGCACGGACAGCAGCAGUACAGUCCGUACAAUCAGCAUCAGUACUAUCAUCAUCCUUCAACGCAACAGCAGCAGCAGCAGCAACAACAACAACAGCAACAACAACAACAACAGUACCUUCACUAUCAACAACAUCAGCAGCAACACCAUCAGCAACAGCAAAGGGAACAUCAUCACCAACACCAUCAACAGCAACAACUGCAGCAUCAACAUCAUCAAUCCUCCUCAGGGCAUAAUCACAGCCAAUCUCCGCAGAGCCAACUGGUGCACACGCAGCUGCACAAGUCGAUGUGGGCGAUAAAUCCUCUAUACGCUUCUAGUGGAGUGAUAAAUGAUGAGAAUGAGAGCGACACGAACACCACCUAUCGGACGCGAUCCCUGCCGUCGUGGGGCAAAAAUAAGCAACGUCCCCUAUCGAAUGCGGACGAUCUGGAGGAACUGUACGCAAAGGUAAACUUUAGUAAAAAACGACGAAACCGGAUGCGGAAUGAUGAGGCCGCCAUUAUUGCCCUGUGCCGGUCACGAUCGCAAAAUCUGGCCGCUCUACCACUAGCCACCGAUCAGGAUGCAGUGGUCGUGUAUGACGAACGGACAGCCCUCUAGACAGGGUUGCUGCCCGUCCUUGCCAUGACCCUAUGCCUUGUGCCGCAAGUUGAUUCGCCGAGAGUGUACAUUUGAAUGGAGGAGCACGUAUGCAUCACUUUUGCUGUGUUCUCUUAGUGUAAUGGAAUCGAUCAAUCGUCGUACUUUAGCUAAUCGAAAGAGAAAGAAUACGCCGUUUCUGUUCCUUCUUUUUUUCCGGUGAAUGUAAAUGAAAAGCUAGUCUAAAUUGAUUCUACACUUUUGUGUAGUUUGUGUCAAAUCAUGUGCAUACCGCGCCCGUAGCAUAAUCGCGAUUCCGAAGGAAACCGUUGUUAGAUUUACUUAGCCAUUGCAUCAACCGCCCAGUGCCAUUUAAGCUCCCAUUAGUGCAGUGAUGAGUGCGUGGAAUCGUUUUUCAGUGCAUAACUCAUUAGAACAAAAAACGAAAAACAUGCUCAACAGUUGCCAACAGAAAUUGUUCGCCGAAUCUGGAUCAAACUUGUCCUGCGGCGAAUAAAUGUUGCAUUUCUUCAUACAACAUUAGCAUAGCAUUCGAUGUUCUCUUUCCUUUAGCAUGACUUCACCGAAUACAAUCAGAAGCCAACAUUUCCAUUUAAAUGUAUUGAAAAAAGCUUAUCGACAGCACGCGUGGUGAGGACAGGGCAUGGACGUUAGCAUGCGGCACCAAGGUGGUGCAAUGUAGAAAGCAGAAAACACAAAUUGUCACUCUAGCGAAUGUUGAAUGUUGCGUGAAAAUUUAUCUACUAUCAACAGGAACAGGAAAGAAAACAAACCCUCAACCCCCCACAAACAAAACUGUACAUGUGUUUAAAAGAAGACUGAUGAACGAACCCGAGAGAAAAGUCGGGAACAUUAUUACCCCGCUAAUAUUUAAUACUUCCUUCGUAGCUACAAUACGGGACGGGCAGAACAAUCCCUGCCAGAAAGUAAAUUGCUGCUAUAUAUCCUGUACCUCUACAAUGCUACUGUCGGUUAGUUACUAGCAGGGUUAGUACUUUCAAUGCCAGAUCAUUGAAUGCUUCCAACAGUUGCCCAACAGCACUCACAAGGGACGUUUCCGGCGUAAAACAGAUGCUAGUAAAGCUAGUAAAAAUGUGUACCGAUUGCUUUUAGUUUGUAACGUUGCACGCUGCGAAAGCAAACCACAACUUUGUACGUAGUAUAAAAAAAAAAAAUUUGCACUAGAGCGCGGUAUUUGUGUGAAACGAAACCAGCUAGUCGGUCAGGAGGAAAGAGGGGCCGCGUAUCUUCCCCUUUUACCGGCAUAAUCUUAUCAUUCGUCGUAGAAAAUCUUUAGAAAAGCUAUCGUUAUUUAGAAAUAGUGCGUAGGGAAAUGGGGUCCAAAAAGUAGUUUUGGAGACGACGAGAAACGAUGGACGAAGACGCCUGUUGUAAUUGUUUGAAAAGGAAAGGGUAAUCAUGUUUGAAAAACAGCCGCCAGGCUACAGGUGGGAUGGUACAGGAAAAACUAGAGAAAAAAUUGUUUGAAAUCAACAGCCGAACAUAGUUGUAUCGUAUGAAAUGAAUUGAAAUGAAUUAAACUAAAACGAACUAUG